ACAGAUAGACUGUUGGGAUGUCGACGCGGCCAGUUAUCAGUCGAACUCUGGAAGUUCUAGUGGCAAGAUCUGGGAGAACUGACUUCCUAAUCUUCGGUGAUAUUUUCGUUACCUUCAUUGCAUUCUUCUGAGAUAACAACGUUUAUACAGCUGAGGACUGACUACACCAGCGGUUACUCGAGAUGCCCGAAUAUAAGUACCUCUCCGGGUUUGGAUCCCAUUUUGAAUCGGAGGAUCCCCGGUGCCCGAAUGCAUUACCGGAAGGCCAAAACUCCCCUCAAAAGUGCGCCUAUGGGUUGUACGCCGAGCAGCUGUCCGGAUCAGCUUUUACGGCCCCUCGCACCGAAAACACCCGUAGCUGGCUAUACCGCAUCAGGCCAUCUGUGGUUCACAAUCCGUUCGAACGUUUCGACCAAGUGGCACCCUUUUUGAAAGGCAAAUGGGACGAGCAACAUCCCAACCCGAAUCAAAUGCGUUGGAAUCCGUUUGACAUUCCGUCCAGUAGUGGUGGCCAGGUAGAUUUCGUGGCCGGUUUGCAUACGGUUUGUGGUGCCGGUGAUGCAAGGAGUCGACAUGGCCUAGCUAUCCACGUGUACCUCUGCAAUGCUUCGAUGGGCGAUUCGGCGUUCUACAAUAGCGAUGGCGAUUUUUUAAUUGUUCCUCAACAGGGUCCACUGGACAUCACUACGGAGUUCGGCAAAAUGUACGUGAAACCCAAUGAGAUUUGUGUGAUACCACAAGGUAUCAGAUUCAAUGUUGCCGUUGAAGGUCCCACUCGGGGAUACAUUCUAGAAGUUUAUGAUGGACACUUCAAGCUGCCGGAUCUGGGACCGAUUGGUGCCAAUGGCUUGGCCAAUCCGAGGGACUUUGUUAGCCCGAGCGCCUGGUUUGAGGAUCGUUCAGUGACGGAUGGGUACCGGAUCGUUUCCAAGUAUCAGGGAGCUUUGUUUGUGGCUAAUCAGAGACAUUCGCCGUUCGAUGUUGUGGCAUGGCAUGGAAACUAUGUGCCAUACAAAUACGAUCUAGCGAAGUUUAUGGUCAUCAACUCGGUCAGCUUCGAUCAUUGUGAUCCGAGUAUUUUCACGGUUCUUACGUGUCCUAGUUUGCGUUAUGGAACGGCCAUUGCGGAUUUCGUCAUUUUCCCACCUCGUUGGUCUGUGCAGGAGCAUACCUUCCGGCCACCUUACUAUCAUCGUAACUGCAUGAGCGAAUUCAUGGGUCUCAUCUUCGGGCGGUACGAGGCCAAGGAGGGAGGUUUUCUGCCCGGCGGCGCUUCGCUGCACUCCAUGAUGACACCCCACGGGCCGGAUCGGAAAUGUUUCGAGGGUGCUUCCAAUGCGGAGCUGAAACCGGAACGCGUAGCCGACGGGACUCAGGCGUUCAUGUUCGAAUCGUCGUUGAGCAUGGCCGUGACCAAGUGGGGCGAGGAAACCUGCCAAAAGCUGGACGCCCGCUACUACGAGUGCUGGCAAUCACUCCAGAAGAACUUUAAAAUAUGAGAUUCUCCCUUCCCGCGAAGGACUUUCGGCAUUCGAACGGAACUAAGACAACGGCUACGAGUCAAGGAAAAAUCGAAUUUAAUUCUCUGUAUCACUGUUUCAUUCCUAUCUUCUGUUUUUUUUUCUUUUAUAUCUGUCAAUCUUUUGAAGCAAAUUUAUAAAAUUUAUCUUUACGGUAUCUCUUGUUUCGCGCUGCUGUGUGGUAAUACUUGGAAAUUUGUACACCCUUGCCAUUCUCAGGGUGCUAUUUUUUCUGUAUUAAAAUAUUAACACGGAUAAGACCGGUUGGUUUUCGCCUGUUUUUGUUCUCUGUUCUCUUCUGCUUCGAAUGUAUCUAUCUGUUUUAAUCGUCUGAGUUUUUCAUCGUUUAUUUUUUGUUUAAUUUCAACUAUAGCAUUUAUAAUAAUAAAUAUCAAGAACGGUUUAUUUAGAUUUAAUUACAUUAAGAUCAAAUCACUUUUGUCUUUUUUUAAUUCGUGUUUUUGUAUUAAGUUGGUUAGGAUGAUUUUCGGCAAUCGGCAAUCAACGUGGUGUUAAAGAGAUCAAUCACACAUUCUCAAGGUAACCGUAUGUGAUGAUUUUGUUUUCUUUUACCCUCUUUUUCUAUACAUAUAUUCGUUUUUACUAGUUUAUGUUACAUCUAGAAGUAUAAUUUUUUUUUAUGUUACGAGAAAAAUAAAGCCUUUGUUUCGUGCCUAUAUAUUCACUUUGUAGUUAC